AUGAAACCGAACCAGAAGCUAGAACAUAAUGUUGAGCCGAAGGCCGAGAGACCCGAAGAAGCUUCCCCCAGAACGAACCCGGUACGUGGAAACAGUUUCAGAGAGACUUUUCUCACAAGAACUUCAGUUGUUGCCUCUGGACAAGCUGCGCAAGACCUGGAUGGAGUUCCCAGGGAGCCAAGGGAUGAUGAAGAAUAUGUGAUGAAAGAAUUCGAGAAACAUGUUGAUCACUGCACGAAACGCACUCCUAACAAACUACGUGAAGAGGGGUACGGUGAUGGACACACAUGUCAAAAACAUGCAUUCGACGUGAUUCAGUACUUGUGCUGUGUCAACGGUGAGGCCAACUCUUUAACGGAUCUCAGCCAAGUGAGCAUCUCCACAGAGCGGAAAGCUGCCAAGAUCGAGGAGACACAGAAAUAUAUUGAUGAGGUCAAAGAGAGGUGUAAGAGCAGAGCCGGGAGGCAGGAUAGUGCCGCUGAUCCCAAGCCAGGAGAGCAGUGGCAACUUGGGGAAUAG